AUGGAUGAAACACACGCCGCUGACUGCCUGGGGACUCAUCCAACCGGCCAAGCCUGCGAUGCUUCCCACUCACCACCAGGUGUCGCCCUCGGCCCUCUCUCCGCCGCGUAUCCAUCCACUGACCGUGAACGGGGAGGAGGAGACAGUCCGGGAAGGCACAUGGCCACAUUCACAAACCAGAACGAAUGCGGGCCCAGACGUCCUGGCGUGUGUCCCUACAGCUCUGCCCCUGUGGCCUCGCGGUCUUGCUUCCAGCCUCUGUACGAGUAUUUGUGUGGGACCGAGGCCAGCUGGGGGUGGACAUUCAUUCCAUCACCAGGACCCUGCAGACCGGGGCCUAACCCAUCCCCGCGGGGCAUCACUGUGGCCUCCCCACUCUGCAGCACCUAG